AUGGCAUUCCUAGAGGAUGGCAAUCACACUGCAGUGACAGAAUUCAUAUUGUUGGGCUUAACAGAUGACCCAGUUCUUAGAGUCAUCCUCUUCAUCAUCAUCCUGUGCAUCUACCUGGUGACUGUGUCUGGGAAUCUCACCACCAUCCUUCUCAUCAGAGUCUCCUCUCAGCUCCAUCACCCCAUGUACUUUUUCCUCAGUCACUUGGCUUCUGUUGACAUAGGCAUUUCAUCUUCUGUAACACCCAAUAUGCUUAUCAAUUUCCUAGCUGACAUAAAUACCAUCUCCUACCUUGGAUGUGGCAUCCAGCUGAGCUCAGCUGCUUUCUUUGGAACAGUUGAAUGCUUCCUUCUGGCUGCCAUGGCUUAUGAUCGCUUCAUGGCAAUCUGUAACCCUCUGCUUUAUUCCACUAAAUUGUCCACACAAGUCUGUAUGCAGCUGGUUGUGGGAUCUUAUAUAGGGGGUUUCCUUAAUGCUUCAUUUGGCACCAAUUUCUUUUUUUUUCCUUUUUGUGGACCAAAUAGAGUUAAUCACUUUUUCUGUGAUUUUCCUCCUAUGAUGGAACUCUCCUGUUCUGAUGUCAGUAUCUCUGGAGUUGUUAUCUCUUUUUCUGCUGGCUCGAUAACUAUUACCACAUUGUUUGUUAUAGUCAUAUCUUAUUUCUAUAUUCUUAUCACCAUCCUAAAGAUGAACUCUACUGAGGGCCGCCACAAGGCCUUGUCCACCUGCACCUCCCACAUCACUGUCGUCACUCUCUUCUAUGGAACUCUCACAUUCAUUUAUGUGAUGCCAAAGUCUACCUACUCCAGGGACCAGAACAAGGUGGUGUCUGUGUUCUACAUGGUGGUGAUCCCAAUGCUGAACCCCCUCAUCUACAGCCUCAGGAAUAAUGAGAUUAAGUUUGCUCUGAAAAGACAAUUUUAUAGGAAAACCUUUUUUAUAAUCAGUCGUCGGUAA